AUGAGCUCAUACGAUUCAGACGAUUCAGACUACAGUGAAUACGAGAGCAAUGUUCACCUGGGCUUGCCUGAUGGCGGUCCGAUCGCCGAUUCAGAUCAUCCAGUCAUUGAAAUAUCGCGCAUCGGAGGUCAACCUUCCUUCCCGCGUUUACGCUCUCUCCCUAACCCCUCAAGCAAUUUAUGUAAAAAUUGCAAUGGGAGUAUGCAGAUGAUGAUACAGAUAUUUGCGCCAUAUCCUGAUUCUGUCAAUGAUAGAGUAUUGUUCUUCUUCGCAUGCUCUAGAGUCGCGUGCCAGAAGAAGGAGGGCAGUGUCAGAGCGUUUAGGUGUUUGUCUAGGAAUGAAAAGUGGGCGAGGAAGCUCGAGAAAUUGAAGCAGAGGGAUCAAGAAAAGAAGAAGAAGCAGGUAGAGGAUGAAAACAAGGCUAAGGAAGAAGCAAAGAGCAAUCCAUUUACUUCACAUAAACCCAACCCAUUCAAUCAGAGUAGUCAGGGAGGUGGUGCUUUUGGUGCAGACAGCUCCGACUCUGACCACGAUGAAGAGGAACAGCCUAGAUUCAAGAAGAUAAUAGAUUCAGAUAGCGAGGAGGAAGGAGAAGAUGAAGAUGAAGAGCUAGAAGCUGAGCUAGCCAAGUUGGAGAUUUCAGAUGGAGGUGCAGCGCCAACGAAGUUAUCGUGGCCAACGCAACCGAGCUACACAAGUCAGUACAUCGCAACCACACCCGAAGUCAUACCAAAGCAGAGCUCUGAAAAGCCUUUGAAGAUUGAAGAGGUGAAUCAAACCCUCUCAGCUGGUCCAAAUAGCGAGCUGGAAGAGUUUGAGAGGAGUAUGGGUAAUGGAAUGGAUCAGGCUUUUGAGCAUUUCGUCAAACGCAUCAGCCAUGAACCACAGCAGUGCAUAAGAUAUGAUCUGGGCGGUGUGCCGAUGAUGUACACCAACAGAGAUGAAGUUUACAAGAAGCUAUACGGUAGUGGAAACAGCUACGACGCGUCUAAAGUGCCAAGAUGUGCACAGUGCGGUAGCAAGCGUGUAUUUGAGUGUCAGGUCACGCCUAAUAUUAUUAACUUGUGCAACACUUCCACUGAAACUGACGACAAACAGAAGGAGGAGUUGCAAGAUAAUAAAUCAGCAGAUAUGGAGUGGGGCACUAUACUUCUCUUUAAGCUCGCGAACAGUGGGUUGAAGAGUUGA